CUAUAUCACGCUACCCUAUAUCUGUCCUAGCUCUGUACCCUGUAGGUAUUAAAACGUUACGUAAAAACUUUAGCCAACUAUGGCUAUGAACAAAAGAGGCAUUUCUUUCAAAAACUGUCAGCUUAUUUUCUUAAUUCGAUGAAUAUUAACAAAAAUGUCUUGCAAUAUCGUUGACACUAUAGGCACUGGCGAUUGCGAAAAAAUAGAAAAAAAUUAUAAAAGUGAAGAAAAUUUUGCUAAUGUCAUCGCCUCUGAGUUGGUAUCAGAAAUAAUAGACAACGCCUUGGACGUGGUCGAGGAAUUAGAAGCGAAAUCGGUAAAAAAUGUAGGAGACAUUUUAGAAAAUCUUUCGAACAAAUUUCAAGAAUUGGCCAUAUCAGAAGAGAAAUCAAAAAUUUCGGAAAUUAUGGAAGGCUCGCACGCAUCAACAUUUGGCGUUGGUGAUCAUAUUGAUGCUAAUAAAGAAGUAAGUACUCCUCCGGGUAUUAGACAACCCCCUGUAGAGAAGAAGAGUAGACUUACAGAUUUAGUGAAAAACUCAAAACACCUUUGGGCUAAAUUAAUGCUUAAUGAGCACAAAGACGAAACACGUGAUUCGAAAUCAGAAAAAAUACUUAGAGUAGUUGAUUUAGACUGUAAAGAGCAACCGUUUAAAGCAGUAAAAUCGGAACAAUUACCAGAAGAUUUACCACUUCCCCGAUCAGAUUCUGAAGAUAUCUUAAACAGUCCUGAUGAGAAUAAUUCUCUUGAUGAAAUUAAUUUGUCUUCCUCUCAUGGCGAUGAAAUUAAAAAAACGAUGACGUUUCCUUUAGCCGGAUCUUCCGGAAAGUCUCUCAUGGAAUGCUAUCGUACUAUUAAACUCACUGCAGAUUUGAAGAAGAAAAAAUGGAAUAUUGGUACCAAAAUUGUUAACUAUAUCAGAAAGCAGCAGGCUAAGAGGCAAGGAAAAGGCGUCAGUGAAGGAAUUGAGAUAACACCUCAAGCUGAUCAGUCUUAAAUUUUGAGCAAAAUUUUACUUACUUAUUUUUUUGAAAUUUUUCAUGUAUAUCUUACCUGAUUUAUAUAUUAUGUUAUUUAAAAA